AUGGGUCUAUUACCAAAUAUUGUACUUGGAUUUGAAACCAUUUUCCAGCUGGGUGUUGUUUGGAACUGGAUAAUAUUGAUAUUGAAAUUUGUACUUGCCUUUCAUUAUAAAAUAUAUUUAAAUGGACUUAAAACUCCACCACUUCGGAGAGGAAUUGCUUUCACACAGGAAAGUUUUGAUGAGCUAAAAUCGUAUCAAUCUCACCGAAUCUAUUUCUACUGCUUCCUUGCUUUAAUCAAAUGUUCUUUUGUAACUUCAAUUUACAUUGAAGACUUUCUACAUUCCCAGUGGAUUGUUUUAAGUAUUUUUUUCCCCAAGGGCAAUUUUGUAAACAAUGAUGUUUUUAGGACAUAUAUGAUCACAAUUUGCAUGAGUUUAUUUUACAUAAUUUACUAUAUGUUCAAGUGGUCCUAUAUCAAUUUUAUUUUAAAAAAUUCAUAUCACUUUCCCUCCGAAUCAAUAUCAAGUUUUUUUUUUAACCAUUUUGUGCAGCUAAACUUAAGCUUAGUUUUUUUUUUAUCCCUGCUCACCAUUUUCCUUGCUGGUCAUCACAUCAUUGGCGGUCUCUUCCUCUUAUAUGUCUGGACUGCCUUAAUUCCAUUUAUUGUUUUAAUUAGUUUAUGGAAUGAAAUAACUUCAAAACCUCAAGAAUUAAAUGCUGUAUUUCGCAACAACGUGAGACGUAUUGCAAGUCUUGCUGAUAUCAAUAUAAAAAAAGUAGAAUUAACAUCUAAACCAAUAAGGCCAAAUUUUAUACAGUUUAAUCUUGCUUUAUUUCAUCAAAUUCUGUUUCGAAAGACCAUAAGAAUUGACAGAUAUUUCUAUCAUACAAAAGAAGAUGCAGAAGCAUUAAGCUGGAAGCUUCUGAACUGGAACAACCUUGAAGCAAUUGCCUGUCAUCAAAUCAGUCAAUGGAAUCAUGGUCACACCAUAAGGGCCAUUAUUACUUGGAUCUUCUCUAUGUUUUUCCCAGUAAUUGUUGGUUGCUAUUUGUUUAGUUCUCCCAUAAGGCCUUUCGUUGCAACUGGUGAGCCUGUCAUAAUCAUUGUAUUUAAUCUUUUAAUGUAUGUUGUUGAUCCUUACUACAACUCUAUUGAAUGUUGUCAUGUGACCAGCCUGAAACAUGAUCUGAAGGAAGCAGAUCAGUUUGUGGAAGAAAACCUGUUUGGAGAAGAAUUCCAUGAAGUUACGGUAAAGAUUUUUCAUUUGGAGAUGGAGAACGAAGAAGAAGUAUCAAUUUAUUCUAGUCUCUAUCAUCCAAGAAACAAACUUUAUGAAAAAACUAUCAGUACAUAUAGAUUUGUAUCACAAGGUGUCUAG